AUGAAUUCCCUGAUAGUCGUGUACUUUAUGUUAUUUUGCUUCUUCAUUGGUCCAUUCUCCAAAGUAAUCACUACAGUAAUGGAAACAUCAGAUAACUAUGAGCCCGUCAGGCUGCGACGAGGCUUCGGCUUUAGAAAAGCAGUUUGUGGAUUGAAAAAUGGCGUAUACCUGGAGAAAUGGGACCGAAUUGAUUUUAAACGCGUUAAGUUUCUGUUGGCUGAUGAACGAUUUCCAAACAUGCCAAGUUUUUCAACAUGUGUUCCAACGUUUGAACAGCCCUCAAACUGGGGAGACUUCUUUGGCUCACGUUUAAGGACGUAUUUUGUUCCUCUUCAAACUGGAAACCACUACUUCUUUCUUUCUUCCAAUGCUGGGAGCGAACUGUUUAUGAGCACAAACGAUAACCCAAAGACCAAGACAAUGAUUACUUACGUAGAUGGAGGAUUUCCCACUGGCCAGUAUGAGUAUGACAGGUUUCUCAAUCAAAAGUCGUUGCCGAUUCGUUUGAUCAAAGGAAAAUAUUAUUACAUGGAGGCUAUUUUCAAAGACGAUCAUCAGAAGGAUCACCUGGAAGUUGGAUUAGAGACACCCAACGGAUUAUUUUACAAAGUAAUACCCUCCAUGUUUUUAUGGACCGAAGCGAAAUCAACAAAAAACGCAACCGCUCUGGCAGUUUUGAUUAAGACAGCAGCGCGAGCCGGAGCAGCAGCUGGUUUAUCAUUCGGGGCGAAGUGGGCGAGUAAGAGUGGAGCAAACGCGGGAGCUAAAGCUGGUGCGAUGGCAGGAGUGAAGGCUGGGGCAUCGGCUGGAGCUGAAGCAGGCGAGCAAGCUGCCAUCAGAACAAUAAAGAAAGCGCUAGAGGAUUCUCUAAAUCUUCUUCAUGGUGACUCUUUGCACAAAUUUAACAUAAUCAUAAACAAUGGAAGCGUCACGGCCGUUACCGGUCCAGGAAUGGGUGGACUGAGUACCACCACAACUGGAGAGGCAAGUGCAGGCACUGGUGCGGGAUGGGGUGGAGGUGGUGGCGGGGGAGGGGCUGGCGUUGGUGUUGGGGUAGGUGGUGGCGCUGGUUCGCCUGGUAUGGCUGGAACAGCUGGUGCAUCAGGCACAGCUGGUAUUGCUGCUGGUGUAGCGGGAAUGCCUGGAUUUACAGGAGGUGGGGCUGCAGGCGGAGGUGCGGGUGAAGUUGUAGGCGGAGGAGCAGGAGUAGAGGGAGGGGGAGGUUCCAUAAGUGGAGCAGGAGGUGGAGUUGCUGCUGAAGCUAGUGUUAGUAGUGGAGCUGUUAGUGGAGCUGCUGCUGGAAAUGGUGCUGGAGCAAGUGGCGCAGCUGGUGGUGGAGGGAUUGGGAGCACGAUUGGUGGUGUAGGUGGUUCUGAAGCAGAAGGAAUUGUAGGUGUGGUUUCAACCAGCGGAGCGACGAGUGGGUAUUCAACACGGCGUGUAGUCACUUACAUACCAAAAGCAGGAGAAGAUCCACAGACCAUUGCUCGAGCGCUAGUUUGGAAAGUAGGAGCUGCGAGCAAAAUUGUAGAUAGAGGAUUAUACAGCGUCCACUCGUACUUCACUCCCUACACACAGGAGAACGGAACCCUAAAUUUCUGCUGGCGAUCGCUCAAUGGUGACGUGAAUUUAGAUCGCUUCUGCCAUGUCUUUAGAGCUCAUAUUCCUGGGCUGUACAAGCAAGCUGAAGAAAAAAAUACCACUGUAUCGUUUGAGUCAGUUUGUCUACCAGGAUAUUUUGUGAGGCAGAAAAAUUACCACUUUAUUCUUCAGAAAAGAGAUGGAUCAGAACUAUUUGAUAAAGACAGUUCAUUCACUCCCUUUUCUGUUAUGAAGUAUACCAGGAAUCUUCUACUGCAGUCAUUUCACAAUGAUUGGUACAUGUGUCAGACGCCUAACGAAGGCAAUUCUAUACACAAGAACCCUACCAUACUGCUGGACUUUUAUAAUGGAGAUCCAGAUGUCCUCGCUCGCUGCACGUUUUUAUUUCACCCCAUCGCUCAAAAUGAAAAUAAACUGACGUGGUGUAAGAACGUGUUAGGACCAGUAGAAUUUCCGUCCAUAAGUGGUCAACCGCUGCCUCAUCCUCCCUUCUUAAUUCCACCGGCAACAGCCCAGGCCCCUGCCCUUCCCUCUUGUAUACCAUUAUGUCCUCCAGGGACUGAGGGUGGAUUAAUUGAACAGGAAACAAGCGUUGGACCCUUAACACCAAUUAUUCCUUCACCACCUGAAUUUUCACAUGGACCAUCUUUCCUCCCGAAGAUGUGUGUUGCGGUAAACUUCAUUAACAAAGUUGGUUCUCCAUUUAAACUUUACUCGUCUCUUAAACACGAGGGAUAUCUAGUCAUUGGACCUAGCUUUAAAUUAAAACUGAUAAUAAAUCGACCCGAACUGCAUAGUCAAGUGACAUUCUACGCCGAAGAUCUUUCCAGAAAACAAAGAAUUCUUCUAAAUGAACGCUUAAGCAUAUCAAAGCCAGUGGUCGCUGAUUGUCCCCAAUUCGAGGACGUAUUUGUUACGGCAGAGCGAGUAUCCCCCUCAAUACCGGUUCCGGCACCACAACCAGCAUCAGCGGCACCUUCUCCUUCAGUAGGAACUCAAGCCGUUGCCUCCUCGUCUUCUCUGGUUUCGGCGCCACCCCUUCCCGCUCCCUCGCCAUCAGCUCCCGUCUCUCUGCCUGCGGCUCCACGUCCUCCACCUCAAGCAGGUGUCUCCGCAGCAGUUCCAGCCAAUCCCGUUAUACCUGGGGCUCAUCCUUCUCCUGUGUUUAUGUGUCCCGUGCCUGCCACCCCUUGCAUCCCAGAUCCACAUCCUCCAGUUUCUUCAGUUCACGUUCCCCCGCCCCCGGGACAAACGAAUGCUCCAUCACCAGUAGCCUCGCCCUCUCCUCCUGAAGCUCCAAACGUUCUUGUCACGACAUCUCAGGAAGGUGAUACUCAUCCAAUUCACUAUCAUUACCAUUAUCACGGGCCAAAAGCACCUACCUAUGUAAAUGAGGAGGAUGAAGAGAACUAUGAAGAUAUGAUGUUCAUCUAGUAGUGAAAAGAAUUAUGGG